AUGAAUAAAGCAGCAAACUCUAGUAAACUCAACAAUGGCUAAAUUAUGCCAUUAGUUGGAUUAGGAACCUAUUUACUUAAUAGUAAAGAAGAAAUGACUAAUUUGCUCAGAACUGCAUUAGAUGCAGGAUAUCGCCAUAUUGAUACUGCAGUCAAUUACUAAAAUGAAGCUAUGAUAGGAGAAUCUCUAAAAACUAUUUUUAAGGAGGGAAAAUAUAGUAGAAAAGAUCUCUUUAUUGUCAGCAAGGUAUUUCCUAACAAGGGAAUCAACAUGCUUGAGUCUGUUAAAAAAUCCCUUAAGGAAUUGUAACUUGACUAUGUAGACUUAUACUAUUUACAUUUCCCUCUUGGUUUCCUAAGUGAGAAGGAAGAAUUCGUUCAUUUACCUGUCCAUGUAGCAUGGGCUCAGCUUGAAGAAGCUCAUAGAUUAGGUUUAGCUAAAUCUAUUGGUGUAUCAAACUUUAAUGUUAUGGCUCUUGCCGAUCUUCUUAGCUAUGCUAAAGUAAAACCUGUUUCAAACUAGGUUGAAGUCAGUGUUUUUAUUUAGCAAAAGAACCUAAUUAAAUUUUGCUAAAGAUUUGGAAUUCAUGUCACUGCCUAUGCACCCUUAGCAAAAUACACUGAUGUUGAGUCAAAUCCUAUUCUUCAAAAGAUUGCUAAAAAGCAUAAAAUUACUAUUUCCUAAGUACUAUUAGGAUUCUUAUUGAACUAAGGGCUUUCAGUGAUCCCUAAAACUGAUAAACCUUCCAGAUUGAAAGAAAAUAUCGAUUCUAUUAAUGUUAAACUUUCUGAAGAAGAUUUCAAAGAAUUAGAAACCCUUAAUAAGAAUCAAAGAACCAUCGAUCCUUCCGUUAUGGCAAUGUUUAGCUAUGUUCCAUUCUUUGACUGA